GUCAAAUUAAUAAUCUAACCUAAAUAGUAGAAUUAAAGCUUAAUCAGGAUCUACAUGAUCAAUACUAACUUGACGGAAUGCAUAUCCGGGGGUCAAGAAAGGGAAGAUCGAAACUUGGAGGCGCAGUCGAGCUUCGAGCCACUGAGCCUCGAGGUGAACUAUCCGGAUACGGCGAUUCUCCUGCUCAGAAGUCCCGAGAAGCCCAUCCUAUUAGCAGCUGCAGCCUCUCUUUCUCGAUUCGCCGAGAAGGCCAAGGGCAAUCUCGAGGCCCUCUUCGAUCUCAACGUCGUCGAGAACAUCCUCACCAUGAUCGACCACGACGAUCUAUAUACUCGCAGAUUUGCAUUGAAACUCUUAGCUCUGAUGUCAGCUGUGCAAAAUGUUCAAAUUCACCUAUUGAAAACAGAUUUUUACAUAAUGCUUUUCACUAAGAUGCUUACGAACGAACAAGAUACAUUUUUACAAGAAUUUUCGUCUCGUAUACUUGCCGAAUUGUCGGCUAUUCCUUCAGGCGCCGAUACAAUUUUAAAUAAAUUUCCCGAUGUCAGUUAUUUAUUCGAAAAAUUAAAAGUCACCGACCCUGAUGUAAAGAAAAAUUGUAUCGAAAUUCUAAACAAUUUACUCAAGGAUUUAAAUGGUUUCAAUGUCGUGAGUGAAUCAAAGGACUUCAAUUUUGCAGUUAUUUAUGAAUUAUUUAAUGAACCUUAUACAGUUAUACAGCAGCUCGCCCUUAAUGUUAUCGAGUAUCUUUUAAUUCAUAAUACGGACGACGGUAUUCAUGAAAAAUUUCGAGCAUCUCGAGGAGUACAAUCUCUGGUUGAAAUUUUGAAUCACGAGGAUUGGAAUGACUUAUAUUAUAAAGUCCUUCAUAUUUUAAAACUGGCUUGUUACAAUGUAAAAACAGUCGAGUUUAUAAUUAAAACCGAUGCAGUGAGACAAUUAUUCAAUCUCAUGGAAAAUACGAAAAAUGACCAACUGAAAUUUUUAACAUUACACGUCCUAGUUGGGUUGACAGUAACUAUAAAUGGCAAAAAACUAAUGAACUCUUAUGGAUUGGUUCAGUAUAUGUUGGAAUAUUUAGAAACUUAUAAUGAACCGCACGUACGAGCUAUAAUUUGUGAAGGUUUGGGCUAUAUGACACAAUAUGGUCCAUCCGUCGAUGAAAUAUUACGAAAUAAUCCCGUCAAUUAUAUAUUAAAGUUAUUGAAUGACGACGAGGCUCAGUGGCUCGAAAGACAGGCGGCUGCCUUUGCGCUAAAAGAAUUGUUUCUUUCGGAUCUUCAGAAUUGCAUUAAUUUUUUGGAAAUCAACGGUCAUGAACAUUUGAUACGUCUUAUUCAGCAACCAACGAAUAAUUUACCUUCGGAAACUCAAGUUACUAUACUACAGAUUAUAUCGGCAAUUGCAGAUUAUUCUUCACUAGCCGAAGAUUUGAUCAGCAUCGAUCUUUUCAAUGCACUCUCAUCUAUUCUAGAGCGUGAAAAUGGUGCGUCGGAUGAGAUGAAAAUCGCCUGCUGCAACGUCCUAGCCAGAUUCCCCAUUAAUGAGGCGGCGAGGAAAGUUUUCGUAUAUGUUGGCACCCUGAAGAAGAUGUACCAGUUGAUAACGGAUGUGGAGUCGGUGCCAGUGCGAAACGCCGCAACGGAGCUUGUGCUUUUACUUUGCGCGGAUCCUCUUCUCGCCACUUUGUGCAUGCAACAGGGAUAUCUCGAAUACAUGUUGAAUAAUAGAGGCGCGUCACGAUUUAUCUCCACCUGGGAUCUUUGUAUUGAAGCGCUCUUCAGUGGAGAUUUGUCAAUGAAAUUUGCGUAUAUGGGACAACUUUCUCUACACGACCUUACGGAAGAUGGAUUUUACGCGAUGCGACGUAGCUUUUGUCCCUUCCCAGUACUUCAGGAGCUCUUCCGGCUUAAGAUGUGCCCACUGGAGCCCAUCUACGUGGUUAAUUUUGCCGAACUUCAAACUACCGAAAACUUAGACUACAAUGAAAGCAAACUACUGGUCUUCGAAGAGAAAGUAGUUGGUCAUGUUUAUGCACGUAAUUCUACAGAAGCAAGGGAUGUAAUGAGACGCGAGAGUUUAAAAAAUGGAAGAAAUGCGUCGGAAUCCACGAUAAAUGCUUGGCUCGAGCUCAAAUUUGGCAGAGUGCAGGUCGACUACGACUUAAUCACUUACCUCAAGAUAUUCAAGGCGGAGCUGGAGGCUGCCGAAGCAGAAGAUAAGGGCCCAUUCGACGACAGCAUCCCCGGUUUGAUUGAAACGACGAAGAUCGCUUCGAGGGCCCGGAGGCUGGGCAAAUUCGUGGCUCGGCAAUUGGCCGGUACCGAUCCAUCCAAUCGUCUUUGCAUCGAUCAACAGCUGGAGUUGCACCUGCGUUCCAUCAGAGAUCGCAUCCAGAACAAUAUUGUGCCGCUGGGCUUGUUACGAAUUGGCUCCAGCUUCGAACGAAGUCUCCUCUUCAAGGCCAUAGCUGAUAGGAUAGCGUUGCCCGCGAGUCUGGUGCGCGGUCGAUAUGGCAAAUCGUGGAUCGAGAUCGCAGUGCCCGUCGUAAGUAUAGUCAUCGAUGGAUCAUCAAAGAAUGCAGUGUGCACUAGAAGCGCGAAACGAUUGUCGAGAAGCCAAGCGCUGCCUCCAAAAUUUCUCUAUAAAAAUUUCAUUGUCGACUUGAUUGUUGUACCCGGUGAUCUCAUACCAAUGAGCAGUGCCCGGGCACAGAGCUACCACGAAGCAAAAGCCGGUUGCGAAUUUGCUUGCUGCAUAUUUCCUUCAAUUUAA